GCCCUGUGUUUAAUAAACACGUGUGGCCGGCUAACAGAAAUAUUAUAUUUUGCAUUUACGUUUAUUUUGUUUGAUUAAGACAAAAAUAUAAUUGGAAAAUGGCACGUGGCAAGAAACAGAAUCCGUUUGCAGCACGCAAGCGACAAAAGCGUGAAAUUGGAAAUCCGCCGGAUCGCCGCUCGGAGCCGUACAAGGAGAUUGAACGUGACAAUGCGUUUUUCAUUAAAUACUAUCAAAUGCAGCGGAUAUGUGAAAAUGAGCAGGAAUGGACGCAAUUUCUGGAGAAGAUUCGGGACAAUUUGCCGGUGACAUUUCGUGUGACAGGCUUUAAGGAUGAGGCCAAAGCGCUCUUACGCAUUAUAGAGUCACAAAUGUUUACAGAAUAUAUGCGCGGAGUCGCCGAAUUGAAUGGUUUAAAAGAGGAGCAAGUGGAGCAUCCUUUAUGUUUACCCUGGUAUCCCAAUGGCAUGGCCUACCAGUUGAAUUUAACACGCAAGGAUAUACGCCGCUCAGAGCCACUGCAUCGUUUGCAUAACUUUUUGAUAGUAGAAACAGCAGCGGGUAAUAUCAGUCGCCAGGAGGCGGUAUCCAUGAUUCCGCCCGUGGUGCUGGAUGUGCAGCCCACCGAUAAAGUGCUAGACAUGUGCGCUGCGCCGGGCUCGAAGACGGCACAGUUGAUAGAGGCGCUGCAUGCGUCGCCGGAGCAGCACAAGAUUCCGCCGGGCUUUGUGCUGGCCAACGAUGUGGAUAACAAUCGUUGCUAUAUGCUGGUGCAUCAGGCGAAGCGCUUAAACUCUCCCUGCCUGCUGGUUACCAAUCACGACAGCAGCUUCUUUCCCAAUCUGCUGCAGACGGAUCCAACUACGGGACAGAAGUCUAUCUUAAAGUUUAAUAAGAUUCUGUGCGAUGUGCCGUGCUCUGGAGAUGGCACACUGCGCAAGAAUCCCGAUAUUUGGAUGAAAUGGAACCUCGCGCAGGCGUAUAAUCUGCAUGGUGUCCAAUAUCGCAUUGUGCGACGUGGUGCGGAGAUGUUGGAGGUGGGCGGACGUUUGGUGUACUCCACCUGCUCCAUGAAUCCCAUUGAGAACGAGGCGGUGGUGCAGCGCAUCAUUAAGGAUGCAAAUGGCGCUCUAGAAUUGAUAGAUGCCUCGCAUCUGGUGCCAGGAUUGAAGCAUAAUCCCGGCAUGAACCACUGGCAGCUGGCCACCAAGGAGGUGGACACUAUAUUCAGCAAUUUCGAAGAAGUACCCGAGAGUUUGCAUACAAUUAUCCGGCCAGCCAUGUUCCCGCUGCCAGCGGCGGAGAUGUCCACCAUAGGCAUUGAGAAAUGCAUGAGAAUCCUGCCACAUAUGCAGGAUACGGGUGGCUUCUUUGUGGCCAUUAUAGAAAAACGUAGAGCCCUGUCCUUUGAGCAGAAUGAUGUGCAGGAUUUGAAGCCGGAAGCGGAGCAAACAGAGCCGGAACAAUCGGAGCAACCUAAACUAGAUGAAUCCGGCAAACCCGUAGAGCUUAAAUCCGCUCCCUGGGGACCGCAACGCAAGCGUCGUCGUCUGCAUGGCUACAAGGAGGAUCCGUAUGUGUUCUUUGGCGAACAGGAUGCGGACUACGAGUCCCUCAAGAAGUUCUAUCAACUGGAUGAGGCCUUCAAUCAACGUUGUCUCCUGACCAGAUGUCAAACGGAGCGCAAAAAGAACAUUUAUUACUGCUCGGAGGCAAUACGGGACUUGGUGCUCAACAAUGAGCACAACAUUAAGAUUAUCAAUACGGGUGUCAAGACAUUUGUCCGUUGCGAGAAUCGUCACACCUUGAAUCCCUAUCGAUUGGCCCAGGAGGGACUGCAAACAUCGAAUGCCUUCAUUGGCAACUGUCGACGCAUUCAGGUGGAGCGCGAGGAUCUCAUCCUGCUGCUCAAUUGCCAGGAUCCGACGAAGCCGCCGUCCACACACGACCUCAAGCCGGAGACGCAGGAGCGUUGCAAGGAGUUGUGCGUUGGCAGCUGUAUCCUUAAGUAUGUGGACGAGUCCUUCACCCUCUUCAUUGUCGGCUGGCGGGGAACCUCCAGUCUGCGUGCCUACGUGGCCAAGGAUGAGACGGUGCACAUUCUCCGCAUGCUCGGCGGUGAUGUCAGCAAGUUUGAGGUCAACAAAUAUGAGAAGGCCAAGGAGGCAGCUGCCGCAGCGGCAGCCGAAGAAGCUGCAACCAAAUCGGAUGCCAAUGGAGAGCAGACAGAUGAGAAGGAAGCGGCAGAGAAGGAGGAUGCAACGAGACCGGACGAGCACAAGGAUGCCAUGGAAAUCUAGUGCACUAAACCAGACGACGCCUCAGUAUAGCAUUUAAAUUUUAAUCAUAAUCUAAACGUCUUU